AGGAAGUUCAUACCGUAUCACUUCUCUUAUCGCUGCCUCCUCCUCCUCCUCCUCCUCUAGAGCAGCAUCUUUUUCUGCCUCCUCCGGACCGUGACGACCCCCGCGGUCCUGCCCUGGUGCUGAGGGAGCAGAGCGGGUCAGCACACAGAGUCGAGCCCGGGAUGGCGUCGCUGAGCGUGGGGCAGCACCUCAGCCACAAGCGGGGAUCGGGCAGGAGCGCCGCGGUGGAGAGGAGGAAUCUGCUCACAGUGUGCAGAUUCUCUGUGAAGACGCUGCUGGACCGCUCCUGUUUUGAGACAAUAGACGACUCUUCCCCAGAGUUCGUUAACUUUGUUUCCAUCCUGGAGCACAUCCUCAGUCAUCGACUCAAAGGUCACACGACGUGGUUUGGCUACGAGAGUCCUCGGAGUUUCUGGGAUUACAUAAAGGCAGCCUGCAGUAAAGUACCUCAUAACUGCAUCCGAAGCAUUGAGAGCAUGGAAAAUGUGCGAUCAUCAAGAGCGAAGGGAAGGGCUUGGAUCAGGGUCGCCCUGAUGGAGAAACGGCUCUCUGAGUACAUCUCACUCGCACUGAAGGACUUCAAGACCACCAGGAGGUUUUAUGAAGAGGGAGCCGUCAUUCUGGGAGAAGAGGCUGGGAUGUUGGCGGACACGCUCAUUGGACUCAACACCAUCGACUUCAGCUUCUGUCUCAAAGGGGACGGUUUGGACGGCAGCUGCCUGGCUGUGAUCGACUACACACCCUAUCUGAAGUUCACCCGGAGCGCGGACAGCAUCAGCAGCGACGAGGAGGAGAUGAGGACUCUGGGAAGCAGCGGCAGCGAGAGCGGCACUCCCGACAAAACAGCCACGGCCGCGUCCAUCUUCACGGAGCAGAGCAACCUGGUCAGCAAGUGCAAACGCUUUGAGCAGAAGUAUCGCGUGGCUCUGGAGCAGAAGGGUUACCUGGAAGAGCUGGUCCGGCUACGGGAAGCCCAGCUGUCGGAGGCCGUGUCUCACAACAAGGCCCUUCAGCAGACCCUGGCAGACACACACCUCUCACACACGCUGGAGAAACAACAGCUCGAGUUCAUCGUCCUGGAGCUGCAGAACCAACUGUGAGUCCCCCGCGCC